AUGAUUUGGAUUUCAUUGAUUUGUUGUUUGCUUACUCUGUCAAACUCGGUUUUAGGACGUUCUGCAUAUGAUUUGCCUUCUUCUGUGCCACAUAGUCAAACUGCAAACUUAAUUGGAAUGUCUGAUUUAACUAUGCAACAAAAACCUUUAUUGGGUCAACCUUUAAUUCAAAGCCAAUUUUCUAUGCAAAAUAUUAACAGACAACAACCCCCAAAAAUAACCGAUAUGUCAUCAAGUUGGAUACAAAGUGUUCAACAAGAUACUUCAAAGAUUCCAGUAGGUAUUCAACAAGUUCCACAAAAACAACAAACAUUUAGUCAAACUGAACAAACUGUUGUUAAUUCACAAUCAUUUGGUGAACAACAACCAAUGAAUUUUCCAUCGUCUGAAUUUGUAAAACCACAAAAAAAAUUACAAACGGUUCAACGAGCGCAAAUACAUACAGAUGCUGACGUUCUCUGUCGUGGUCAACGUCCAGAAACUGUUAUUCCAUUAGAUGAUAAACGUCGAUUUGUUGUCUGUCUUGAUAAUAGCAAAGGUUUUGAGCAACGAUGUCCAAAAGGUCUUUACUAUCAUCCUGAAUCACAUCGAUGUGAACGUAAAUACAAAGGAUUGGAAAAUGCAUGCGCUCAAAAACCGUGUCUUAAUGAUGGUCAAUGUCUUCCAGCUGAUGUUACAUCAUAUAAAUGUCAAUGUCCAACAGGUUUUGAUGGUAGAAAUUGUGAAUUAGAUGUUCGUGCCUGUGAAAAUCAACAACCAUGUGGACAAUCACCAGAUCAACGAUGUCAAUCAUUUCGUUUGGGAGCUGCUCUUCAAUAUAUUUGUAUUCUUCAAAAUGGUCUUGCUUAUGGUCUUAAUCCUCAACAACUUCAACCAAGUCCAUGUCAAGGUACUGAUGGACCACAAGCCUUAACUGUUACUGAUAAAGGUUUUAUCAUGUGUGAUGGUGAACGUAUGUUUGUUGAAUCAUGUCCAGGUGGUACUGUUUGGGAUGAUCUUAACAAAGCUUGUGUUUGGCCAGAUAUGCAAACUUUUAUUGAUCAUUCAUUUACUGAUCAAUCAAAAAAACAACAAGUUUCAACUAAUAGUCAACAACAACAAGAAUCAUUAGUUACUUCAGCAACACAAAAUACUCAAACCCAAAGUUCACAACAAACACAAGUUAAACAAGAAGAAUCAAAUUCAUCGUUUGAUAUUCAAGUUUCAACUCCAAAACCACAAACAGAAUCUCCAAUAUCACAACAAAACACAUUUUCUCAGCAAGAAAAAUCACAACAACGAGAACAAAUCCAACAAUUUGAAUUACCACAACAACAACCAACGGAAAUACAAGAAUCUAAAUUGUCACAACAAACACAACAAAUGCAGGAAGUUCAAUCCUCAUUUCCUCAAUCAGUAAUGCCACAACAAUUUGAAUUCGAACAAGAAAUGCAACAAUAUAAAAUACCACAACAAUUCUUACAUCAUCAACAAGAAACAAUAGAUAAGCCAGAACAAUUUCAUUUAACACAACAACAACAACAACAACAACAAGAAGAAGAAGAACAAGAACCAAUAGAAGAAUAUCAAUUUGAAAAUCAAUAUGCACUUCCUCAACAAGAAACAAGAGAACAAUUUCAAUUAUUAAAACAAGGAGAACAAAUGAAACAAUAUCAAUAUCCAAAACAAUAUUCGCUUUCUCAACGAGAGAAAAUUCAACAAUUUCAAACUCCUGAACAACAAUCAUCAAUCUAUGAUGAUCAAGAACAAUUUCAAAGAUCUCAAAAUUGGGAAGAACCAUUUCAUGGAUUUCAUACCUGGCAACAACCAAUUCAACGACAACAAGAUUUUCGUCAAAUAUUACAAUAA